AUGAGUAACAUUAAAGAAAAUGAUCGCUCCUUUGACAAUUACUCCACACCUCGCCAAGAUGAUCAUGAUCCACAUGAGCCAGCUACACGCCCAAGUCACAUUCCUAGUAAUACUGUUUUUCGUUCUGUGGCAAGUAGAAAGAAAGAAACUGUCCCGCCCAUGAUACCAAAUCACAGCAUUAGUUUCCGGGGCUCAGAAUCAGCUCGCAAAGAGGAUUUCAGACCAACAACACCAGGCAACAGCCAUGGCGUUGGCCAUGCUUUUCCAGACCAUGAAGCAGAUGUUGAACUAAAGGCAAUAGGUAAGAGCCAGAAAGGUGUUGGACAUUCUGUUAAUGGAUUCAAAUAUGAUUACCGGCCAACAGCACCCGGACACAGCCCUGGUGUAGGCCAUGUUCUUCAAAAUAAAAAGGGAGAACCACAUGCAUAG